UAAAAUUCACCUCACAAACCCACACGAUAGAAGAAGAUAUAUGACAAACGACGAAUGAUAGCCGGGACUAAAAAUCUGAAUUACGCUGUUAAAUGUUUCUGAAGUAGGCACUUAACCUAUCAACAUUAUCUAUGUAAACAUAGCAAAUAUAAGUACCACAGUGCGGGUGUUAGCACCUCAUUUAAAAGCUGAAUAUUUCAGAGUUGGUAACUUUGAGAGCAGAAUGGAAUCACUUUUAGUAAAGUUUUCUCUUCUAUAUUUAUUCAUACAAUGUGUUCACACCGCCACAGUUAGCAAAUAUAAAUCGUAUAAAGAUUUUAAAAUAUAUUCUAUUCAAAAUGGGAACGGUUUGCAAAGGUUAAUUGACACCAUGAAGGAAUUUGAUGAAUCAGUAUUCUACUCGGGAAACAGAAAUACGACUCAAAUAUUGAUAUCGCCCGAUUUGGUGCCGAUGUUUGAAGAGAUCGCUGCUGAAGCCAAACUAGAGACUAAACUUGUUGUUGAUGACUACUCCGGAUUAAUUGAAAUAGAAAGAGUUUUGCCGCCUAGAAAGAGUGGCUUUUCUUGGAACGCCUACUAUGAUGUUAACGAUAUAUACAGAUAUUUGAGUAAUAUGAGUCAACAGUACCCCACGUGGACGGAGCUGGUGGUGGCGGGUAAAAGCUAUGAAGGCCGACAAAUUCUAGGCCUUAGGAUUAAUACUCCAACGGACCCUGACAAGCCAGUCAUGUUCAUUGAAUCUGGUAUCCACGCUCGAGAGUGGAUCACUCCCGCCACGACGACCUACUUCAUCAACCAGCUGCUGACCAGCUCAGACCCUGAUAUCAUCGCCAUGAGGGAGAAAUUCGACUGGCACAUCUUCCCCACCGUAAACCCUGACGGAUACCACCACAGCUACAAAUACGACCGUAUGUGGAGAAAAACUCGUUCAAAAUCAGAAAAUGGCUGUUACGGCGCUGAUCCCAAUCGCAACUGGGAUUACAACUGGCUUAAACAUGGUGCGUCAAACAGACCCUGCGACUAUCAAACUUAUGGUGGAGCCAAGCCAUUCUCGGAGGUUGAAACCAGAACACUCUCAGAGUACAUCGCUGGAUUGGAGAAUCUCACAGGCUACAUCGCCUUCCAUUCUGAUGCUCAAAUGUUACUGGUGCCAUACUCAGACUCCGUCGAACACAUAGAUAAUUAUGAUGACUUGAUUCAAAUCGGAAAAACAUCUUUGGAGUACGGCUAUAAAGUCAACAAAGAAAAAUACGAUGGACCGGCUACAGCGGCUGAAAUUUUGUACAAAGCCUCAGGAGGAAGUAUGGACUGGGUACGAUACUCCCAGGGCACCCCUCUGGUGUACACAUACGAACUCCGGGGGGUGUACUUCCACUGGCCACCUUGGAGGAUCUCCGAGCAAGGGGACGAGGUUACGCAAAUGAUGCUGGGACUGGUCACGGAGGCCCAGAACUUGGGUUACUUCUAGAAACAAAAGUGCUGAUUCUGGCUCGAACAAAAUUUAUUUUUAAUUUACUUUUUACUUUGACAGUUCUAAAAUAUAGCUAUCUUCUUUUUAAAAUCCAGUUAUCCCCUAUUAGGAUGUAGGGAAGACUUUCCACUCCUCGCCAUCUUAAUAUAGCCUUCCAUUUUUU